GCGGGGUCAUUCCCCGAGAAGCGCGGAGCGGAGCGGACGGCGGAGCUAUGGGGAAGGCGGCGGUGAUGCUGGUGGCCCUGGUGGCCCUGCUCGGGCUGGCGCAGGCCGAUCUGACGCCCAAGGUACAGGUGUACUCCCGCUUCCCCGCCUCCGCGGGCACCAAGAACGUCCUCAACUGCUUCGCGUCCGGCUUCCACCCGCCCAAGAUCUCCAUCACGCUGAUGAAGGACGGCGUGCCCAUGGAGGGCGCACAGUACUCCGACAUGUCCUUCAACGACGACUGGAGCUUCCAGCGCCUGGUGUACGCCGACUUCACGCCCAGCAGCGACGCCGUCUACACGUGCAAGGUGGAGCACGAGACCCUGAAAGAGCCGCAGGUCUACAAGUGGGAUCCCGAGUUCUGAGCUGUGCCCGGGAUGAGCACGGUCUGAAGAAUUCUGCAUUUCAAGUGGAAAUGAGCUUGAGCUUCUGUCCUUUUUUGCAUCACACUUCUGGGUAGGAUGGCAAAGAGCAAGGAUCUUCAUCAUGAAAUUCCUUUAGGAUGCUCUCCUAGGGUUAGCAGCAGUGCUCUGAAAUCUGUGCUCCUGGAAAAGCAUGGGGGGGGGGGGUGGGAGGAUUGGAGGGAAGGGGAAGGGAAUGGGGAAGGGAAUGGGGAAGGGGGGGUGCUGCCUUGCAGCCUUCAGGCAUGCAGCAGAUGGUUUGCAAAUACGGAGAUGCUGUUGAAGGUAUCCUGACCUGUUGCUUAGGAUGAAGGAAGAUGCAAAGCAAGCUGAUUGGGAUUGGAAUUGUGAAAAUUUAUAAUGCAAAUUCAUGCCUUUGAAACUUGUGCAUAACUGUGCAAAUUCACAACUCUGAAACUUGUGUGUUCCCCAGGAAAGGAACAGAAUUGAUAGCAAUAAAUCAGUAAAGCUUGCUCUCUAACAGCUGUUCUCCAUAAAAAAUUGCUGGAGCUUGUGUUAAAAUACCUUUGACUUGGAGCAGCGUUCUAUCUUGACUUAUCUGAGCACAUAGCUCUCAGUAUCUGCACUGCCACUGGAGCUCUUCACCGGUCUGAAUUGUACACAAAUUUUACCCAAUAAAACCAGAAAAGACAAAAUGAUGAUUUUCAGGGCACAGGGAGCUGCCUGGGGAGGCAUUACCCAACCUGAGCGCUGCUGUGGCUCCUGGGGGGCUGCUGUGGUGACGUCGUGCUGCUGGGUCCAGCCGGACGUGGUGGGUGCAGAUCUCAGCUCUGGGCUGGGCUGAGUUCUCGCAGUGCUUUCAUGGAUGAAGAUUGUGUUGCUCGAGGUUGACGCAGUUCCGGCUUGUUUUGUAGAUUGCUCUGUUGCAUUUGCGCUGCCUAUGCUGAGCAAUGAGAUGUGUGCAAACCUCUGCCUUUCUGCUUUGCUCCACGCUUUACUCAAGGACGCAUCGUUUGCUGACGAGCUCCUCACCUCAGAUUAAAAUACCUGAAAGCA